AUGUCAAGAACUAUAGAAAUGGAAGCCUCCAGUGAUGAAAAUGAUGAAGAUUUUUCUCUUUCUUUGGAAACUUUGAAAAGCCUUUUUAAUGAUCAAAUAAUUGACGAAAUUCAAAAGUUGUCACCUGGUGCUCGUCUAAUGGCGAUGGCUAAUUAUAUCAUUGAAAAUCCUGGCCAAUUCAGAGCUAAACCUAAAAAGAAAGUUGUUAUUCCUGAUGAUGAGUUAGAACCUACUUUUGCCUCAAUUGAUAGUGCCUUGUCUAUGUAAAUUUUAUU